AUGUCUUCACGAGCGUUGCGGCGGGCCCAGCGAGAGCUUGAAGAGAAGCAGAUACAGGAACAACUUGCCCAAGAUGACCAAAACGAGGAAGAGUCGGAGCCUGAGGUAGCCCCCAAGACAAAGGCGAAACCCAGCCUGUUUGCUAUGUUGGGCGAUGGUGGCGACCAAGAUGAACAAGACGAAGAGGAUGAAGGAACAGAUCAAGACGCCGCGCGCAAGGCCGAAGAUUCCGAUGAUGACGCGGAGGUCGAGCCUAUGCCUGCAUCGAAACCCUCAAAGACGAGCAAGAAGAAGAAAAAGAAGGCCAAAGCCAAGGGCAAAGCUGCAGAGGCUGACAAGCCCUCCGCCUCUACCACAGGAAAGUCAGAUCUUGAUGAGAUUGAUCGGGCAUUGCUUGCCCUCAACCUCUCUAUGAACAGCCAAACGGGACCUGGGUCAGAUCAACACGACCCCAUUAGCGAAGAGAAGAAGCAACUCUUCUCUGUGCUGAGUGUGGACACGCAACAUUUACAUGCCGCAAACGAGAUGAAGAGGCUCUUCGGUCGAGCCGCUGUGCAAAGUGCCGAAGACGAGGCGCGGCCUCGACAACGUGGUCAACAAGGUGGCAUCGCUGCUGCAAUUGCAGGACGUAACGCUCCUGGCAAUCGCAACCUCGCAUCGUUGGGACUUCGACGGAACAUCUUCAUCCAAGGUAAAGAGGAGUGGCCACGAGCUACAUCUGGCGGCCUCGGCAUGGAAAUUGUCGAGAAACGAGCGGAUGGCACUGUCGAAUACAGAUUCUUUCACAACAACAUGUAUCAAGAUGUUCAGCGGCAGUUCCAGAUUUGUGUCGCAAGUAUGGAUUCUGAGCGUAUGAUCCAACUCUUGCACCACAACCCCUUCCACAUCUCCACUCUGCUUCAAGUCUCAGAGAUCGCUAAGCAACAGCGAGAACCUGCUGCUGCGUCCGAGAUGUUGGAGCGCGCUCUCUUUACUUUUGGGCGCUCCGUACAUUCUACCUUCUCUGCGAACCUGGCGGCUGGUAAAGCCCGGUUGGACUUUCGCCGUCCAGAAAACCGCGAGUUCUGGCUUGCGGUAUGGCGCUACAUCAAUACAUUGGGUGUUCGUGCGACGUGGCGAACAUCGUUCGAGUGGGCUAAGAUGCUACUUGCAAUGGACCCUGAGAAUGAUCCUUACUGUCUUCGACUCCUCAUCGAUCAACUAGCCUUGAGAGGGCGAGAACCGGGCGCCUUAGUCAACCUGGUCGAAGCAGACUACCUCCAGCGGCAGUGGAAGGUUCCACCGAAUCUCGCUUUCAGCAUUGCGCUUGCUCACGAUCGCAUUAAACAGCCACAGAAAGCACGCUCAACAUUGCGCAACGCAAUCAAAGAAUAUCCAUGGCUAGCAGCGCGGCUGUGCAAGGAGCUGGACAUUUCCCCGAUACCAAAACCUGUGUGGGGAAAGGAGCCAAACGGCGAGUAUCAAGAGCUGCUAUGUCAGCUGUAUGUACCCAAGGCCAAAGACCUGUGGAACAACACCGAAGGGACGACUUUGCUAGUGGAGAUGUGCUACGCUUUUGAAGAAGAGCUGGGAGCAGGAGAGGAUCCAUACUGGCUUGCGCAGAUACCAGAGACGGACCUUGCUCGACAUGUCAUCCUUUCGGAUAACCAAACGCUUAUGGCCCUUCUUGACCCUCGCGUCAAGUCCAAAUUCACAUCCGUUUCCGAUCCACUAGCUCCCGAUGACAAUAUAGCGUCGUACGAUGCUUCUGUAGCUGGGCGCCCUCAUGACCCCGCCUUACGAGAACGGCUGCUCGCCGAACUUGAGCAGUUUCGAUCCUACUUUGAACGCAUAGGGAUAGAUGGGCUUAUGCGGCAAGGUGAGGACAAUCAAGGUUUGGUACGGGCGUUGGAAGCAGCGGGCAGCAACAUAGAGGAAUUUGAGGAGAACACACGACGCUUUCUAGUUCUACGACGGAGGUUGGAUCAAGAAGGCGUGCAAAUAGUAUUCGACGAGCAAGCAGCUGAUGGCAAUGGCACUGGCUCGGAAACGGAUGAGUAG